AUGGCCACCGUAACCUCUGCAGCUGUUGCUAUCCCAUCUUUCACCGGCCUAAAGGCCGCCAAUGGAACCUCUUCCAAGGUAAAUGCUAGCGCCAAGGUCGCAGCCACACCGUUCCCAAAGAUGAGCAUCAAGGCUUCAAUGAAAGAAAUUGGUGUCGCUGUUGCAGCCACCGCAGCAAGUGCUUUGCUUGCAAGCAACGCUAUGGCUCUUGAUGUGUUGCUCGGAAGUGAUGACGGAGGAUUGGCUUUUGUUCCAAACAACUUCUCUAUAGCUUCUGGAGAAAAGAUUGUGUUCAAGAACAAUGCUGGUUUCCCCCACAACAUUGUUUUCGACGAGGAUGAAAUUCCGAGUGGAGUUGAUGCAAGCAAAAUCUCCAUGGACGAAGCUGAUCUCCUCAACGCCCCUGGAGAGACUUAUGCUGUUACCUUGACUGAGAAAGGGACUUACAGUUUCUACUGUUCCCCUCACCAGGGAGCUGGCAUGGUCGGAAAAGUGACCGUUAACUAAAACUCUACUUGUUUGGUAUCAUAUCAUAUUCCUCUUGUUUUUUUUAAGCAUUGAGGUAGAAGAGUUCAUAAAUCUUUGAAGUUGGAUAUGGUUAGAUAAUUAAAUGUAUGCAGUGUCAAAUUUGUAUAAUUCCUUUAUGUUUCCUUAUUUGACAAUGUAUUUCUAGCAAUGGCUUAUAUAUCUGAGGAUUAGAUGUCA